CCUGUAUAAAUACGAACGGCACUGUCAUGGCCUGAGCACACGGCCAUGGCAUCUACCCAACUACGAUCGACACUCUUCUCGACGCUGCUCCUCGCAGCACUGGCCGUUGGCUCUGCAGGCGCCUACAGUUCGGGGAAUCUGCUGGCCUGGAUGCAGCAGAGCAACUUUGGCUAUCAAGUGCUCCAUCAGGCGAUCAGUGACAACCAAACGAGCGCCUCCGAGGCGGCCUGCGUGCAGGAAGUGCGCCUCCUGCUAUUGGCGGCAGAGGCCAGAGCCCUGCCUGCAUUGCGGGUCCUCGAUGCUUGGGGUAAGUUUCCGCAGGGCCUGCUCUAUGGCCACUUCACGGACAUGGGCAACUAUGAGUCAUGUCUGAGCAAGGACCCCGUUGGCAGCAGACGCAAGUACUGCCUGACGCACAUACAGUUCGAGAGUUUGCUGCUGGAGGCAGCGGGGUCGAGUGCCCUCACAUUGAGCAUUGGCACCUGCAUCCCGUCCACCUGCAGGGCUGCCCAGCUCAAUCGCUGGAUCAACGACUACCUCCAGAACAUGUUCGGCCAAGAGAGCGACACGGGCGUCACUGUCGUGCAGGAGAAUAGUUGUGCUGUAGCUCAGCGCGAGCCCAUGACCGGAUUGGACUGGUUCGCAGUUGUCCUGCUGAUUCUCUUGGCCAUUCUGGUGCUCCUAGCCACGCUGCUGGACCGUGCCAAAUCUUCGAACAAGCUGCUGAGCUCGUUUUCGCUGCGCCAGAAUGUGCCACAGCUGUGGAGGAUAUCGGAGAGGGUGUCUCCGCAUGUGAUACCAUGCCUGCACGGCAUUCGGUGCCUGACAAUAAUCUGGAUUAUCUUCGGCCAUGGCUACAUGUUCCUGCUGCUGGCGCCCAGUGUGAAUGCCUACGAAAUCGUAGCCUGGGCCCAGACACCCUUCUCCAUGGUGCUGCAGAGCGGCACCGUGUCGGUGGACACGUUCUUCCUGCUCAGCGGCCUGCUGCUGGUUAUGAGCGCUUUGCGAGAGCUCGAGAGAUCCUCGGGACGCCUUCACGUGCCGCUUAUGUACCUGCAUCGUGUGGUGCGGCUGACCCCAGUCCUCGCGCUGGCUGUUCUCUUUUUCAUGACGCUCUUUCCACGCCUGGCCAGCGGUCCACUCUGGCAACAGUUCACCGCCUCCUCGCAACUGUGCAGUGACACCUGGUGGGCCACCUUGCUCUAUGUGCAAAACUAUGCGGCCCCUGGACGAAUGUGCCUGGGCCACUCCUGGUACUUGGCAGUCGACAUGCAGCUGUAUGUCAUCUCGCCCCUUCUCCUGAUCGCACUCUACAAGUGGGGCCGAAGGGCUGCCGGCGCCAUAGUUCUGCUCAUCCUGCUGCUCUUCGCCUGCCUCUUCAGCAUUAUCAUGCUGAACGAGCUGCAAGUAUUCAGCCGCAAUGGCAACCUGGGGGAGGACAGCCCACAGAUGCGGCUCAUUUACUACACCACACACGCCCGGGCCAUGCCCUGGCUGAUCGGACUGCUCUUUGGCUACUAUCUGCACAUCGAGGGCGGUCGCCGGCGACGCCUGUCCAAGUGGCUGGCACUGCUGCUGUGGAUAGUUGCUCUCAGUCUCCUUGCCACGGUCAUCUUUGCCGUAUAUCCGUACACGCAGACCGGAGCGAAGGACAUCUCGCCACUGGCUGGCGCCUUCUAUCUGUCCUGCGGCCGUAUCGCCUGGCCCCUGAGUCUGUGCUGGCUCAUAUGGGCGUGCCAGAACGGACUGGCGCCCGUGGUUAACAGCCUGCUCAGCUGGUCCUUUUGGCAGCCGCUCUCCAAGCUCUCCUACUGCCUGUACAUCUGGCACCUGAUGGUGGAGACGGCCCACGUGGCACGCAGCAAGACAAGUCUGCAUUUCUCCAACUACGAUGCAAUCCUACGCUUCUGGUCGGACUUUGGCAUAACGCUGUGCGUCUCCACAUUGAUGUAUCUGUUCGUUGAGGCACCGAUAGCCCGACUCGAGACACAACUGUUGAAGCAGAGACGGAGUCCAAAGCAUGAUGCAAGAUCCCCGACCAACGCUGUCGAUGCAACACCCUCGCCAGAAACUGCACCACCCACAAGCAUUUCACGGCAGAAUCUAGUCGUGCCCUGAGCGGGCCGUGUUGAUUUCCGUUUCAAGUUCCUGUUAAAUGUAUAAGCAAAAAUAAAUGUAUCUUGCAUGCAAGAACCACAUGUCAGUGGCUUGCUGA